UAUAAAUCAAGCGAACCAUACCAAAACAAAAGGAAAUGCCGGGGAUUCGAAUUCUGUAGACAAAAGGUUUGCUGCAGUACAUGUAUAAUCCGGUGACCACACCAUGCCAGCAACCAAUUUCACCUGGGGAAGAAGCGAAGAUUCCCCGAUAUUUCAAGUUUUUGGUGGCAAGAGGAAAAGCUCCUUAGGAGAACAGGAUUCUAGCAUUACUACCAAAAGCAAGCGCCAAUGUACGGAGUACCAUGUGACAUCGCUUAGCUGUAAAGGGGGGGAGGAGUCAGAAAUGGAAUCCCUAGACACCCAGCCCCGCCCCACUGAUCAGGGAAUACCCAAUGGUCAGUACGGCUAUAUGGCAUGUCCAGACAUGGUACAACCAUGCAGACACCUUGCGGAGUCUCAGGUUUGGAAUACACGUGUUCCACCUCUUCCUGAUUCUUCGGGUGACCAUGGAAACAACAACAACAACAACUGCGGCAUAUUCAACAACAAUGUCUCUGGUUUUAAUGCAGGAGCAGAACUUAACAACAAUCAGAACGACAUGAUCAUGGAUCUGAAUGAUGAGGUGUAUUCUACAGCCGCCCCUCCCCAGAAUCUCAACCCCUUUCCCAAUACCACCCCCAUCCCUCCUCACAUCCCCGGAGCUCACAGUAACCCUUUGUUCCUCCCCCACCCCUCCGGCUCAAUCCUCCCCCUAAACCCUCAAACGGAUGCAGAGUAUGAGGCAGCUUGCAAUAUGAUGGCAUCUAUGGAAGGAGAGGGGGCACCAAACCCUCAACAGUAUAACACAGCCUAUUGUGACCAGUUCUGUGUAGGGGGUCACAGAAGUCCUUCAUCGGGAACUGUACGCUGCCAAUGUAAGCCUUCCUGGGAAGGCCUACACGAUGUCCGUCCGUAUGUCUCUGACUACUAUUGAUCUCACUCAUCAAAGUGUUCACUCGUUGUGUUCACUCGUUUGCUUCUUCGCGCACAGUGUUUUAUAUUGACAGUUUUAUUGGGUUUUUACUUUUUAUACUGUUGGAUGUUGUCUCAGUUCAAGGUUUUAAUAGUUAUGAGUUGAUGACUUUAUUGUUGAUAGUUAAUGGUUUGUUUGUAAAUAUUGUGCUAACUUUGUAAUUUAAUCUUAUUUCAGACAACUUGAUGUCUGUCUUAAUCAAUGUCACUAAAACUGCGAUAUUGGUUUUUUGUUGUAUAAAUUUAGUAAUACGAGUUUAGUAUAUAGAUUUGUAUUGUACCAGUAGUAAUGUUUAAUUCUUGCAAACAUGCAAAUCUGCCAAUAUAAAAGAAAGAUAGAUUUAGGCUUAAAGGUUGCACUCUCACAGAUUUACCAUUUUUGCAACUUUUUUAUUUUUUGUCUUGGAAAGAGCAAAUUUUUGCGUAAAAAGAUCUGCAAACCAAUGAUAUAAGUUUGCCGACAAAAAAUCAGAUCGUAGGUUUUCAUAUUUCCGUGCGAAAAUUAAUGUUUUAUGGCUUGAACCAUUAUUAACGGUUUAAGAAAAAUGCAUAAAACAUCAAUUUUUGAACUUAAAUAUAAAAAUCUGCGAUCUAAUUUUUUGUCAGCAGUCUUAUAUAACUGGUUUCCAUGGAUUUUCGCAAAAAUUGGCUCGUUCCAAGACAACAAAUUAAAAAGUUGUCAAAACGUUGAAUCUGUGAGAGUGCAGCAUUACUCAUGCAAGUUUCUUGUUUAAAGGUUUAAUUUAUGCAUGUAUUCUACAAGGUUUCAUACCUUUAUGGCUUAGUAUAGCUUAUAAUCUAUAAGCUCAUUAAUGUAAAGUGUAUUUUGGCAGGACAUGUAUGCUUUAACAUUUUGUGAAAGGUUCAUUAUAAUCCUCAUUCAUUUGUAACAUACUGAAUUUUACUAUAUUGUGUUCAAGAUUACCAUAUGUUAAAUAUUUUAUAAAAUCAAAUCAUUUGUAAAACAGGAACCAGAAAACAGUUACAUCAGGUCUUAAGUUGUUGUAUUUCUUACUUUAACAAUUGAAAUAUAUGUCAUAAGUUAUUGAGGACCUUCAAUAUAUGGAUGAUAUGCAAUAUAUUUUGAAGAUAUAUGUGAAUGAGGCUUUAAAAAUGUUUUGACUUUA